AUGGGUGCCGCGCAGAAAGCCCUCUAUUUCCUCUUCCACCCGAAUCAGCUCCGGUCUAUUAUUCAAUGGAAGGUAUGGCACGAGCCAGUCCACAGGCGCGACCCUUCGAAGGAGUCCGAAACGGAAAAGGCAUGCUUCAAGUACCUCGACUUGACCUCGCGAUCGUUUUCAGCCGUCAUUAAGGAACUCAACCCCGAGUUGCUGAUGCCCGUUUGCCUGUUCUACCUCGUACUACGCGGCCUGGACACCAUCGAAGAUGACAUGACAAUCAACAUCAAGGAGAAGGAGCCUCUCUUGAGGAAUUUCCAUGAGCUGAUGGAGCAAGAUGGGUGGACCUUUGAUAAGAACGGCCCCAAUGAGAAGGACCGCGAGCUUCUCGUUCACUUUGACCAGAUCAUUGUCGAACUCAAAAAGAUGAAGCAGCCCUACUACGAGAUUGUGAAGGACAUCACCGUCAAGAUGGGCAACGGGAUGGCCGAUUACGCCAUAAAUGCCGACCACAACAUCAACGGGGUCAACACUGUUGAGGAAUACGAGUUGUACUGCCACUACGUCGCUGGCCUGGUCGGCGACGGCCUGACGCGGCUGUUCGUCAAGAGCGAGCUUGCCAACCCCCAACUGCUGGUGCGCACCGACCUCACGGAGAGCAUGGGCCAGUUCCUACAAAAGACCAACAUCAUCCGCGACGUCCACGAAGAUUGGGAGGACAACCGGCGCUUCUGGCCCAAGGAAGUCUGGAGCCAAUACGUUGACAAGUGGGAUGACCUCUUUGCAAUCGAGAACCGCGAAAAGGCGCUCCAAUGCUCCUCGCACAUGGUGUUGAACGCCCUCAAGCACGCCGACGAGUGUCUGUUCUACAUGGCUGGUAUCAGAGACCAGAGUGUUUUCAACUUCGUCGCCAUCCCCCAGAGCAUGGCCAUCGCGACCUUGGAACUCGUGUUCCGCAACCCAGCGGUGUUUGAGAGGAACAUCAAGAUCACCAAGGGUGACGCUUGCCAGCUCAUGAUCGAAUCGACCCAAAACCUCCGUGUUUUGUGCGACGCAUUCCGGAAAUACACGAAGAGGAUUCACAAGAAGAACGACCCCAGAGAUCCGAACUUCCUGGCUAUCAGCACCCAAUGCGGCAAGAUUGAGCAAUUCAUUGAGUCCAUUUUCCCCACGCAAGACCCGAAGAAGAUCGAGGCGGGCCAGCCCCGUGCGGAGCCGGUGAUGGAUACUGGCGAGGCGCUAAUGCUUGUGCUGUCUGCAAUUGCGACCCUGGCUCUUAUUGGGGGUCUCAUGGUUGGACUCGCAUGGUUCAUGGGCGCUCGCAUGGAGAAGUUCUUCAACAACCUCGACAACACUCUCGGCAGCGGUCUCCGCAGCGCAACGCCGUCUCCCAUCACGGGCCACGAGGAGCUUUGA